AUGAUACACGCCAACGUGUUACACAUCAACCUGAUACACGCAAACCUGAUAAACAUCAACCUGAUACACACCAACCGGACAUACGCCAACUUGAUACAUACCAACCUGACACAUAGCAACCUGACACACGCCAACCUAAUACAUAGCAACCUGAUACAUACCAACCUGAUACAUAGCAACCUGAUACAUACCAACCUGAUAAACACCAACCUGACACACGCCAUACUGAUACAUACCAACCUGAUACAUACCAACCUGAUACAUAGCAACCUGAUACAUACCAACCUGAUACACACCAACCUGAUACAUACCAACCUGAUAUACACCAAGCUGAUAUACACCAACCUGAUACAUACCAACGUGAUGUACACCAACCUGAUACACACCAACCUGAUACAUACCAACCUGAUACAUAGCAACCUGAUACACACCAACCUGAUACACGCCAACCUGACACACGCCAACCUGACACAUAUCAACCUGAUACACACCAACCUGACACUUACCAACCUGAUACAUACCAACCUGAUACACACCAACCUGAUACACACCAACCUGACACAUACCAAACUGAUACACACCAACCUGAUACAUACGAACCUGAUACACACCAACCUCAUACACACCAACCUGACACACGCCAACCUGAUACAUACCAACCUGAUACAUACCAACCUGAUACACACCAACCUGACACACACCAACCUGAUACAUACCAACCUGAUACACACCAACCUCAUACACACCAACCUGACACACGCCAACCUGAUACACGCAAACCUGAUACACACCAACCUGAUACACACCAACCUGAUACACACCAACCUGAUACACACCAACCUGACACACGCCAACCUGAUACAC